AGGAAUCUUAUUUCAUCACAACCCUCCCCAGGCAGACAGACAGACAGGCAGACAUCCAGCACUGCUCCACUUAGGAACUUACUUCAACCAGUUCCCUUGUCUUCCCUGUUAUUCUGUAAAUACCACAUUUUCUCGGCAUUCAGUGAGAGUGCAACACUCACAUUUUCACAGAUUUAUCUUUCUACUCAAAAUAGGCAAGCCCCAUUUCCUGCCUUGCUGAAGAUCUAUACUCUGGACAUCACUGAGAAAUUUCCAGGGAGACUCAUCCAAAAUUUGAGAGAUGGCAAGUGAAUUCAAGAAAAUUGUUCUUCUGAAAGGAUUACAGGUCAUGGAGGACUACCAGUUUAGAGCAAUCAAGUCCUUACUAAGAAAAGAACUAAAACUUACUAAAAAAAUGCAAGAUGAGUAUGACAGAAUCCAGAUGGCUGACCUGAUGGAGGACAAGUUCAUAAAAGAUGCUGGACUGGCCAAGCUGAUAGAACUGUGCAAAGACGUAGAAGAACUUAAAGAAAUUGCUGAAAAGCUUAAAACAGAGAAGGAAAAAGUUAAAAAUCAAAAGGGAAAAAAAGGUAAAAGUGUGGCAAGAAAAAGAAAGCAAGAUGAACCCAGUAGUUUCCAAAUUUUUUCCACCAGUAAUGAAUCAAUCUCUUCAAAGAAUAAGAUAGAACAACCCAGAAAAACUGAAGCUGGAAAGAAAAGGAAGCUUACACAGAAGAAGACUCAGCUUCCAGAACUUUUAGAAACCAACAUACAAAAAUAUGAAGGCUGUUUCCAGGCUCUCUAUAAGCCUCCACCAAUACCAUCUGGCAGUUCCCCAAACAAGACUCCAAAUCCGAGCAUUACCAGAGGUGAUGUUGUACAAAAUGAUGACAUGACAGUGAUGGUGCUCAACUCAACACAUCCAUUUGAAUAUGAGUCAUCAGAACAUGGAAGAAAGACCAUGUUUCAUGCUAAAGUGGCUACUGCGAAGCAGUAUUACCAUGUGAAAGUUUUCAACGUCUCCCUGAGAGAGAAGUUCACAAAAAAUAAUUUCAUCAUCAUCUCCAAUUUUGUCAAGAGGAAAGGAAUCCUGGAGAUAAAUGAAAAUUCCUCUGUGGUUGAAGCUGGCCCAGACCUAAAGUUUGAAGUCCCCAACAGUAUUAUCAAAAGAGCAAAUGAAACACCUAAGAUCCGUCAUAUUAAAAAGGGUGCUUCAGGAGCACUGUUUUAUGGCUUGUUUACAUUAAUCAAGAAAACAGUGAAAGUAAGGAACACAAUCUAUGAAAUAAAAGACAAUGAAGAAAAUCAUAUAGAAGUGGUGGGGAACGGAAUAUGUUACAACAUCAACUGUAAGGAAGGAGAUAAACUCCAACUCUACUGCUUUCAGCUGAGAACAAUUGACAAGCAACCAAAAUUAGUGAGUGGAGAUCACAGUUUCAUUGAGUUCCCACCAUUUGCCUGUAAAUUUGAACUCAUUGGCACAGGAGACAACUUCCUGAACAAAACACCAACAGCACAGACUCUAAAAUCAACAAUCAAUAAAUGGGACCUCAUGAAACUGAAAAGCUUCUGUAAAACCAAGGACACUGUCAUCAGAACAAAACAACAACAAUGGGGAAAGGACCUUCACCAAUAUAUAUCUGACAGAGGCUUAAGAUCCAGAAUUAAUAAAGAACUAAAGAUGUUAAAAAGGAAAUCAUGAAAUUUGCAGGUAAAUGGUGGGACCUGGAAAGGAUCAUCCGAGAGAGUUGUCCCAGAAGCAGAAAGACAUACAUGGUAUGUACUCACUCAUAUAGACACAUAACAUAGGAUAAACCUCCUAAAAUCUGUACAUCUAAAGAAACUAAUUAAGAGAGAGAAUCCUGACUAAAACACUCAAUCCCCAUCGGACAGGCAAAUAGGAUAGACAUCAGAAGAAGAAGAAAACAGAAAACAACCUAGGCUCCUGCCUCAGAGGGCCUCUGAAAGGCUCUGCCCUGCAGAUUGUCAAAGCAGACUCUGAGACUUAUGGCCAACUGUUGGGUAAAGUACAGGGAAUCUUAUGUAAGAAGUGGGAAAUAGUAAGAUCUGGAGAGGACAGGAACCCCACAAGGAGAGCAACAGGACCUGAAAAUUUGAACACAGGAGUCUUCCCAGAGACUCAUACUCCAACCAAGUACCAUGCAUGCAGAUAACCUAGAACCCCUGCACAGAUGUAGUCCAUGGCAGCUUAGUGUACAAGGAGGUUACAUAGUAAUGGGAAGAGGGAAUGCCUCUGACAUAAUCUGAUUGGCCUGUUCUUUGAUCACCUCCCCCUGAGGAGAGAGCAGCCUUACCAGGCCACAGAAGAUGACAAUGCAGCCAUUCCUGAUGUGAUUUGAUAGACUAAAAUCAGAAG